AUGCUGUGGCUGCCCCCUGGUGAUGCUGUGGUUGCCCCUAGUGAUGCUCUGGUUGCCUCUGGUGAUGUUCUGGUUGCCCCUGGUGAUGCUGUGGUUUCCCCUGGUGAUGCUCUGGUUGCCCCUGGUGAUGCUCUGGUUGCCCCUGGUGAUGCUCUGGUUGCCCCUGGUGAUGCUGUGGUUGCCCCUGGUGAUGCUGUGGUUGCCCCUGGUGAUGCUCUGGUUGCCCCUGGUGAUGCUGUGGUUGCCCCUGGUGAUGUUCUGGUUGCCCCUGGUGAUGCUGUAGUUGCCCCUGGUGAUGUUCUGGUUGCCCCUGGUAAUGCUGUGGUUGCCCCUGGUGAUGCUGUGGUUGCCCCUGGUGAUGCUCUGGUUGCCUCUGGUGAUGUUCUGGUUGCCCCUGGUGAUGUUCUGGUUGCCCCGGUAACGCAGACCCUGCUCCCCGGUCGGUCUCUCCGCCGCUCUGCUAUCAGUAUUGCAAGCUCCGAGCUGAAGAUUCAGCAGUUCCAGCGCCAGCCAAUCACCACGCAGCUACGCGUCACGGGGGCGUGGCUACACAGAAAGCAGCAGACCACGCCCCCACCAGUAUCAGCUGAAUGA